AGGUUUGACAGUCGCUCACAGUUGGCAGCAGAGAUCCGGGAUGUUUGGGGGGACAGCGAGGCAGAGAGGGUGAGUUCUGCUCUGUGGCGAGGCGACGAAGGAACCACAGACGUUACCUCCAGGAACCAGCCGAGAACAUGAAGAGAACAUGAAAGGAAGAAAUUAAAGGAAGCUCUCUCGUUCCCUCUCUGCCUCCACCUCGCACCUCUCUCCAUUUAAUCUUAAAUCCACUCCAACUUCCCCCGAGGGACUCAAUCCUCUCCUAUUUUUCCUCCUCAGGAGAGAGGCUCCGUUCAUUCCCCUGGUCGGGCCACGCCAGGAACCUCCUCCGUCCACCAUGACUCUGCUGGCCUCCGAGAGGUCGCUGCUCAUCCGGAACAAGUUCCGCUCAGUGCUGCAGCUGCGGAUCCAGAACCGACGGCUGAGCGAGAUCAAUGCCGACGCAGGCCUGAAGUCCAGCUGCCCUCCUCAGAAAGCAGACAAAGACCAGAGUGAAGCUCUGCGUCUGACCGACGACUCUCACAAGCUGCCCCCUGGUGGUUCCGGCGCCGAAGCUGCACAAGAGAGGACUCCAUGCGGGGCCCAGAGGCAGAAGAAGCCUCGCCAGGCGCCGGACCUCUCCGAGCGGAUCCAGCGCCCGCCCGGACCUGCAGAACCGCAGCACGAACACACCGUCUCCCUGGAGAACCGCCCUGCUUCCUUCCCCGACGUCUUCGAAGAUGACGUCUCCUCCUCCUCCUCCUCCUCCUCGCCCACCGAGCACCAAUCGCAGGCCUUCCCCUCGCUGCCGGGCCUCUCCAGUGACCAACUGCUGAGCUCGGCUGUGGGCCCGCCCCUGAGCCUCAGUCCCAGCCAGUCUGGUUUGGCGUUGCUCCCGGCAACCGAGGGCAUCAGACAACCCAUGAGUGUGACACUGGGCGAGCCCAACGCCGUGGCAACAACCGGAAGGCCGAACCAUGGGAUGUACAUGACCUGUCAGACCACGCCCCUGCUGCCGAAGACAGCUCAGCCCUCCAGCCCCACCUGCCCCUCGGCGUUAACCCCCGCCCUCAACUUCAACCAUCUCCCCCGUCCACGGAAACCGCGGGACACCAAACCCAAGAUGAGGAAACUCAAGUAUCACCAGUACAUUCCUCCGGACCAGAGGGGAGGCUCUGGGACUGGAGGGGGAGGAGCCAAACAGAAGAGCCCUGCCCCCACCCAGCCUUUGGACCCGGCCUAUUCCCACCUCCUGAAACAGCAGCAGGUCAUCCUCCAGCUCCAGAUCCUCCAGAACCAGCAGCAGCAAAAGCAGCAGCAGCAGCAGCAGCAGCGAGUACAACCACAGCAACAGGUCCCUGCUGCACCCAGUGGAGACCUCGGCGAUGCUCUGAAGUCUUCUGGAGCGACGCCUGUCCACGUCCAGCCCGUUCCCGCCACGACGAACCAAACCCCCGCCGACCAGAACCCCGCAUCCAAGCCAGAACUCCUCCCUGCCAAUCUGGUUGAUUUAACGGUGUCCGAGUUGCGGCAGCAGCUACGUAAGCGAGGCCUCCCCGUCUCCGGCACCAAACCCGCCCUGCUGCAGCGCCUCCGUCCCUUCCAGCUCCCCCCAGCCUGCCUCCCCCCGGCCCCCCUCUGUCAGCUGGGUCCCGGCCUGGAGCCCCUCGGCCGGAGCCCGGCCUCCAGCUCCAGCUCCGGACCCGACUCGCCCGGCAGCAGCCCGACCCAGCAGCUGUACACGACGCAGGACCGAGGGAUCCCUAAUGGGAUCCUCAGCUCGGUGAGCCUGGUGGGCGAGCACGGCGCCCUCGCCAACGCCGUCUUCUUGGCUCCGGCCGGCGCCGCCUCAGAGGCCCCCAGCCCCAGCCUGCCCAUGUCGUCGUCGUCGCCCCUACAGGGCGGGACGCCCUGGAGGCCGGAGGACCAGCAGCAGCAACAGCAGCAGGAGCUGAACGUGGAGCUGGAGAUGAGGGAGCGGAUCAGAACCAGGCCCAGGGAGCGCUCCACGCAGCCGGGCAGCGAGGCCUGCGGAGGAUCCCUGCAUCCGUUCCUGCAACAGGACCCAGGAUGCUCCAGGGGGAAGCCCGACGCCGAGGUGCUGCUCACGCAGGUGUUCUGCUGCCAGCCGUGUGAUGUGAUUGGCCAUGACUUUGAGCUGCCAGUGCAGAUUACGGCGAGUCCUGCUCAGACCUUACCCGGUGUUCGCAGCUUGGAGGAGGAACUACAGGAGGCGAUCCAGAAAGCACAGAUGGACCCUCGGCAGUCUAUCGACGACAUCCUGGAUGAGCCCAUCGCUUGUGUCGGUUCCGUGAGUGUCUCGGAUCAUAAAAGCCACUCGGACCUUCCUCCUCCUCCUCCUCCUCCUCCUCCUGCUGCUCCUCCGGCGGCCGACCAGCAGCACCACCGGGACGACACCUUCCUGCCGUCUCCGCUCUGCUCCUCGCUGCUCCUGGAGCUUCCUCCGUCUCCCGCCGUGAUCAACCCCAGCCAGGUCCUGCCGGCUCCUCCCCCGCCUCCCCUCUGCACCUCCCCGCCGCCGCCGUCCGCCGGGAGGUCGAGGAAGCGCCGCGCCCCGACGCCGUUCGACGCUGCCGACUGGCUGGAAACGCUGACCUCCGGGCUCCGCCCCCUGACCCCGCCCGCGGCCCCGUUCGUGGAGUCCGACUUCAGCCUGGACUCGGACCUGAACGUGAACCGGGUUCUGGAUCUGAUGAUAGAGCAGUGGUGAGGGCGCGGAGGGAGGUUCUGCUGGUUUCUGGACAGUGGCGGAGGAUUUACGAAGGUCGUGAACUGGAUGACUCCGACUGAGGGCACAAGAGAGCGUUUAGGGCUCGAUCCAUCCGUCUGAUUGGCUGCCAGAGUUGCCAUGGUAACAGGACACACCCCUCCCAGCUCUUAAAUGCCCCGGCUGUGUUAUUUUUAUUAUUUUUAUUACCCCCUGGUCCAGAUUAUAUCCUGCACCAAAUAUUCAAGGAUACAGAACAAACUCUUUGACUUUAUUUCAGAAGACAAAACACGAUUUAAAUCCGUUAAACGAGCGGCUUCGUGCACAAACUGAAUUCAUCAGGAAAGAAAGACGCGGUUCGGUUUUCCGACAGUCUGACGUCUGGAUCUCAGAGUCAGCGGCUCAAAUGAAGUUACAGCCGGAUUCAGGACGACUUGCUCUGAUUGGUUCACGCAGCAGAAACAUAAACGGCUGAAGUCCUGUAGAACCGCCUCGUGGCUCAGUCGGACGUUAAAUCUCAAGUUCAGCAGAUGAACUGAAUCACAACACGACAUGCUGUCAUUGGCUUCAGUCCAACAUGUUUUAAUGUUUUCCAAAAAAGAAAACAAAAGACAAAAUAUCCGGCUGACAAGCGUUCUAACAGCUGAAUAUUCUGUCCAUCAACACUCACAUUCAAAAAAUCCACUAAUUCAGAAUUUACUGAUUUAAUGCAGAUUUUUUUCUUUCAUUAUUAUUAGUUUUUAUUCCAAAGGGCUUUUUUUGCAUUUAUCUCAGAUUUUAUUUUUUUCCUUUUUCCUCAAAAAGUCACACCUGUGAUUGUGAAAAAGCCAAAAAAGAAAUAUUUCUCCAUUUAACGUUGAUGUAGCCGCUUAUUGUUUAUUCCUCUGCCUGAAAAACACAAAACACGUCAUCCAGACCAGGCAAGACAAACGUUUAAGGAUACAGGUUAAGAUUUUGAUUUUGUUAGAUUUUUUAAAAUUUUAUUUUAUACGCCGAUGACACAACUUUAUCUGUUACAGAACAGUUUAAAUGCAAACUAGUCGAGGCAAGAACAGUCACUUUGGGUGCAAAAUCUGCAUUAUUUCAUGAAACGAUGAAGAUAUUUUCAUUAUUUUUCACCUCGUAGGUGUUUAAUUAUGUGACGUAUGGACACAGAACACAACCUGGAGGUCUUCCUGUCCUGUAGGAGUAAUCUGGACCGCCGGGGUAUUAACCAGCCGGGGGUGUAUUCUGGGUAGUUUGUUCCACGAAACCUCAGAUUAAACCCUCGCUCAGACCUCGGAUUUAAACGCACUCGCGCCCAGGCAGGAAACAGGCGACACACCUGAGCGCUGACCCAGUCGGCCGCUCGCUCAAACAAAAAGGAAGCCUGGUUGGUUUAAACGUGCUUCCCGGUCGCGCCGCCAGAAUGUUGUUCCUGACUGAUCUCCAGAACGCCACGGCGGGUCCGGGCCCGGUGUUGACUCAGCCGCUCAUAAAGCCCACUCAGAGUGUGUGAAAGCCAGACAGCGUGAGAGGCUCCAGACCUUCACCCGGUGCCAGACACACAGUCGGCAUGCGGAGCGACGCCGCUGGCGGCGAGCGGCGAGCGUGUUGCAGACGUGUGCGGCUGCUUCUGCGAAGUCGACACACAAACGCUUCCGUGUGUGUUUAUCAGAAGUCAAACACACUCGUAGCUGUUUGUCGGCCGACGUGUGAGCGGAUGAAGACGCGUCGGUGUCCACGGUUUUAAUCGCGGCCUCUGUGCCAGCGGGUGCUGACGCCGCCGCCCGCCGUAAUCAUCGGAACAACCACAUUAGCGCCGCCGUUCUCCAGGAGAGCAAUCAGCCAGAAACGGACCCCGUUCGAAUGCACCAAUCAGCCGAGUGAGAGUUUGCUGGUGGCUCGGCGGAAACAGGUGGUCAUUUUGUUCCCUGAUUAACCCCCAGCAGCGUCUGGCCGCCGCUCGCCUGCUCGCCCGCAGCCGGCCGAGCCAGAUUUAGCACGAUUUAUAACCCGACACCAAGGCCACACCUGUUCACUUUGUGUAAAUUAAUUCCACAAAUGCAUCGCUGGACGCUGGUAGACCUCUGGGACACGGAGAGAAGAAAAAAACUCAUGUUGGGAGGAUCGGCACAAAGAGGACAAUCAGGUGACGCACGAGGAUCGACAUUCGCUCAUUAUGUCGGAGAGUUAACCUGCUUAUCGUCGGGAUUCUGACGAAAACGAAGCGGUUCUGUUCAGUUGUGGGACUUUGGUGAUGCAGGUUUUCCACAUCCAAGAUUUAGCAGCUCUUCAAAAAAAACCCAGUAGUCCUACAAAACAAACAGCUUCACUCACAUAAAUGCAAACUAGUCGUGUUGGGAGGAAAGGCAGGUGACAUAUGCACCUCACAGCCUCAACACGGCGAGCUACAGACCUUACAAAAUGAAGAACCCAACAAUCCAAAGCUGCCGUUGGACUUCCUCUGAGCAGCGGUGGGAAGGAACCGAACCCCCCACAUCUGAGUAGAAAAGAGUUUAUUAUGUCGGUCAGUUAACCAAGAUUUAGCAGCCCGUCAAAAAAAGAAAAAAAAACUGUUUUAAUCACACAAUUGCAAACUAAUCAGCUACAAGCUGCAGCGAGUUUUAUCCAAAAACUCCUUGAAUUCGGGCAAAAAGGAAUCAAAUGUUCCUCCGAGCUCCAACAAUCUGACGCUCAGAUCUCAAACCCGACACAUGAGCUAAAUCCAACAUACUUGGGUGUGACUGUGCUGCUUUAUUGUGGCGUUUCUACAUCUAAAAUGUAUUGCCCCUUCAAAAUAAAACUCACCAACGUGUUGGGAGGAACGACUCUGAUCAGGUGACGCUGCUUUCAUAUUCCGGCAGAAAUGACUUCACUAUUUGUUUUCCGUUCUCGGGUCCACUUACGUUAAUGAAAAAUAUGCGACAGCCUCCAUUAACCCGCUGCACCACAUCACCGAGGAUCCCAUCUACAUGAAAUUAAACCGUGACCUUAAUUGGCUUCGUGUCCCAUCAGUCACUCUGCAGGGCUCUCAUUGGCUCCCAGUCAUUUGAAUAAAACGUCUCUGUCUGUAUUGUGUGAGAGCAAAGCGCUGACUUGUUUGUAUUUUGGGCGCAGAAACCUGAUGCUCGUGUCGUUUCUGUGCACGCCGCCGCCGCCGCCGCCUCGUUUCCGAUGACAGACUGACGGCGAAUUAUCGGAGCGAGAUUAUCUGCAGCCUUCUGCCGAACACUUCCUGUACAGCUUUCACUGCACAGACGAUGAAAAAUGCAGCAGAGUGCGGACGGACGUCUAUGAUAAUCAUAGCGAUCGAUAAGCACCGCCUGCUGCAGGAAAAAAAAAAACGUUGAUAGGCAGGAGAGUAAGAUGCUACCUCCUGUGACUUCCACUGCUUCACGGCUAACACCAGUGUUUUCCUUGUUUCUUAUUUAAUUUCCAAACGCUGGUUUCCUGGAACCCUCCCGAGACGUUUCGUCGAGCUGAGCUUCGACCCUCGGCGUUUCAGACGGUGAAGCCGGAGGCGUUUCAGGAAGCCGUUGGCCGCUCGCUGCUAACAAAACGCCUUAUUCUGAAAAAAAUGUGAGACAAAAUAAAGAUGUGUUUGCUUUUAUUUAUUAUGUCACUUAUUUGUCCAAGAAAUGUAUUUAAAAGCAUUGAGAAAAUUAAAGUCUUAAUAGAUUUUCCA